AGUUUCCUAUUCCACAUGACCGAGGCAGCUCCCAUGGCCAGUCAAGAAUCACACGUCACUCACAUCAUGAACCACACUUGGCUAGCAUGAUGCCAGAAGCUUUUAAAUUAUGGGAGGAAAUUGAACAAAUGGCCAAUACCAAGUUGUUUAUGUGAGUUGGAUUGUUACUUUCAAAAUGGUCCUCAAGUUGCCUCUCUAGUAACCCCCCCCCCCUUUCCGACAUACCUUGCAAAGUGCCUGAAAUAAAUAAAAUAGCAGAUUUACACAGAGCACAUAAUGUCAUCUAAUAUCCAUAAAGCCUGGUUUGUGCUGGGUUGAGCAGUUGCAAGCAUGUAAUAUGAGGAUUUGGUCGGCUUUCAGGGUACUAAUUAAGUCUAAACACAGUUAAUAGACUGAGUCUUAUUGUGGUCUAAGGCAAUCAAGAUUAAAUUGUAUGAGGAUGGCUAUGUGCCAGACUGUAAACAACUAAACCCUGACAACCAUGACUUGUCUAUUACCAUUAGAGGAUUUACCCCUCUCUAAUAAGCCUCAUUCCCAGUUUGUCUCCUGUAUGUUCAUGAGAAGUUGAUACGCCUUCCCCCUUCAUUACUAAGAAACAUGAUUGUGUAGUGAUUAGGUCUUAGCCCUCCUCCCCGCACCCAACACCCCUUCUCAAAUAAAACUUCUCCAAAACAUGGCUGAAAUAAAUAAGCCCUAGCUACUAUUAAUUAUUAGCAAUUGUGGCUAUCUUUGUAUGGAGGACUGUCCAUAUACAACACUUAACCAGAUUUUGGCAAACUUCAAGGCGAAUGGUAUCACAAAUGAACUGCUCAAUGCAAAACAACUGAAAGAGAAAUAUAAUUUUGAUUUUCCUGCGAGUGUGAAAGGACUUUUUGAAAGAACUGGGGGGAUUUUACUGGCGAACAAGUGUCUUCGAGCGCUACAGGUAAUAACAAAAGUAUUUCCAUAAACAGGCAAUGCAUGGGUCACACGUUAGAACAGUGCUUGCAGUUUGACUCUACCAAACAUAGCAGCCUAGCAGGUACUGUAUCUUUCAGGAACUCUGGUUUCGUUCUGCACUGACACCGAACCAUUAAACAUGAAGGUUUGAUUCUUACAAGAUCUUUGUAAAAAAAUCUGUUUAGAGGGAACUGAACUGUUAGUGUAUUAGGUUGUAGUAAUCACUAACUUUAGAACCCUGUAAACAACUAAUCAUAACUACUGAAACACGUGUAAUGCCUCAUUGUCUUGAAAGUUUCUUUAGUUGUUGUCAUAUUUGUUAGGACCAGUUUGUAAAAUUUGGUGGUGUUCUUCACGACAGUGAGAAAGUGUUAGAAAUAAUGCCUGGUGAUAUAGUGAAAGUAAAGACAAACAAAGGAUGCUACAGAACUAACAAACUCAUUUUAACACCAGGUAACAGAAGAAAGUUGCGGAUUGAAAGGGAUUCAAGUACCUGAAAAAUACAAGUCAAACUUCCACGUUUUACUUCCACGUUUUCCUUGUAUUUUUUUACUAACUUCCCGACCCUUUCAACCUGCAGCUUUCUGGCUCAGACCGUUCUAGACCGAUAACAGGACCCUGUAAAAAGUAACAUUUAGAAGCAUUGGAUGAAGGUUCAAACACGUAAGAAAAAUAUUGUGACUUGAAAGAUUUUUUUGCUGUUCACUUGGUUGAAUUUGAAAGCUGGUUUUGGUGGGUAUUCGAAACCCAGCUUUCCACCACCAAAACCACUAAACCAGCUUUCAGGGGAAAAUAUUACAUUAACUGGUGUUUGUAGGAACAAGCACACCAAAUAAAAUUAGUGUGUAAGUUGUUCUACUUAUUAAAUUUAGUCCUCGUUUCUUAGGUCCUUGGGCGCCAUCUUUACUAAAGUCGCUGGGAGUUGAUCUGCCAUUACGA